AUGUCGACACCUGAGAAUAGAACCAAUGAGACCAAUGUGACUGUUGUAGAGAAUCUCUUGAAGAGGAAUUCAGAUGAUGUGGGAUGGGAGUAUGGGGUUCUAAUUGAUGCUCAGAAUAAGGACAAAGUGAAGUGCAAGUUUUGUGGUCACCAAAGCACUGGAGGAAUUUAUCGAUUGAAGCAACAUGUGGCCAAUGUUGGAAAAAAUGUGAAGAAAUGCAGGGAGAGCACUCAGGAAGCUAAAGAAAAGUGCAAGAAAUCAUUAGAUGAGUCAAAAAGGAGAGGGAGGAAAAGGCUGUCCUGGACUCGUGCUAUUGAUCCUAAAGCAACAAAAACUAAAUCUUUGAAGCAACAAAAGUUGAACAAGGAGCUUUGGAAGGAAAGAACACGUGAGGUGCAGAAAUAUAUUGCAAGAUGGGUCUAUACACAUGCCAUACCAUUUAAUGCUUGUGACAAUGAUGAAUUCAAGCAAAUGUGUGAAGCAAUUGGUCAGUUUGGUGCUAGAUUUCAACCUCCUUCUCAGCGUGAUCUACGUGAGACUUUGCUGGAAGAGGAGUAUGCAAGAACCAAGAGUUUGCUUGAAGAACGUGAUGCUGAAAAGAUGAAAAGUGGGUGCUCUAUCAUGACAGAUGCUUGGUCAGAUAGGAAGAGAAGAAGCAUAAUGAACUUGUGCACAAAUUGUGCUGAGGGAUCAAGUUUUAUCAGCUCAAAAGAGAUGUCAGAUGUGUCACAUACAAGUGAAGUCAUCUUUGAAUUGGCGGGCAAAGCAAUUGAAGAACUUGGUCCAGAUGAUGUGGUGCAAGUAGUGACAGACAAUGCCUCUAACAAUAUGGGAGCAAAAAAACUCUUAGUGGAGAAGAGGCCACACAUCUUUUGGACCUCUUGUGCAACUCAUACUAUUAACUUAAUGCUCCAAGGAAUUGGCAGCUUGACAAAGUUUAAGAAGGUGAUUUAUCAAUCUAAAGCAUUCACCAUAUUUGUUUAUGGGCACACAAGAACAUUGGAAUGCAUGAGACACUUUACAGAGGGUAAAGAAAUCAUAAGGCCAGGAGUAACUAGGUUUGCUUCAGCCUUUCUUACUUUGAACAGCAUGCUAGAGAAGAAGAAUCAGCUGAAACAAAUGGUGGUUCACAGUAGGUGGGACCAAUUGAAGGAUGUGAAAACAAAGAAAGGUAAGGAUGCAACAACAACAAUAUUGAGUCCAGCCUUUUGGAAAGAUGUGAAGAUAUGUUUGAGUGUUUUUGAGCCAUUAUUCAAAGUUCUACGUUUGGUUGAUGGAGAUGUGAAGCCAUCCAUGGGUUUCUUGUUUGGAGAAUUAAUCAAGGCAAAGAGAGAGAUCAAGGAGGCAUGUGGCAAUGUUGAAUCUCGCUACAAGGAGAUCAUUGCUGUCAUUGACAAGAAGAUGAAAGGAAUACUUGAUUCUCCAUUGCAUUUGACUACGUAUUUGCUGAAUCCAUACUAUAGUUAUGCAAACCAAGCCAUAUUUGAUGAUCCCACAAUAACAGUAGGCUUUAUCAAUUAUGUGGAGGUUUUUUUACCAUCAUGAUGAGAAUAUGCAAGAACAGGCUGUAAAUGUGGAAUUAAAGAAAUUUCAGAGUAGAGAAGGAUCAUUCAGUAAAAAGCUUGCAAAGACUUGUCAAAACUUUGACUACAACCCAAGUAACUAAUUGUUCAUUUCAGCAUAGGGUCCAACUAUUUUUUUUGCAUUUUUACAAGUAUUAAUGGAGUAAUUGACAUUCAUUUCAGCAUCUUGGUGGAGACUCUAUGGAACUGAAACAGAAGCUUUGCAAAGGUUGGCCACAAGAAUCCUUUCUUUGACAUCAAGCUCAUCUGCUUGUGAAAGAAAUUGGAGUACUUUCGAACUGGUGUUGUCCCUAUGCUCAUCUUUCAUCUACAAAAUUCAGCAUUAGACAAGUGCAGAAUUUUUUAUGCAAUGUUCUCAUGAUUAAUUUGCAGGUACACACUAAGAAAAGAAAUAGGCUUACUACAACCCGCCUCAACAAGCUAGUUUUCAUUUAAUUCAAUUCUAAGAUGAU